UCAUUUUCAUUUUCAUUUUCAUAUUCAUCUGCUUCUUCUUCAUCUUCAUGGAGUCUCCACCUCCACACAUGCUGCUGUUCCCUUACCCUGCGCAAGGCCACAUGCUUCCCCACCUGGACCUCGCCCACCAGCUCUCCCUCCGCGGCCUCGCCCUCACCGUAUUGGUCACUCCCGAGAACCUCCCCCUCCUCAACCCUCUCCUCUCCGCCCACCCCUCCGUCCGCACCCUCGUCCUCCCCUUCCCUCCCCACCCCAAGCUCCCCUCGGGCGUCGAGCACGUCCGCGACAUCGGUCUCUCCGGCAACGUCGCCAUGAUCUCCGCCCUCUCCGCCCUCCGCCUCCCCCUCGCCCAGUGGUUCGCCUCCCACCCCAACCCUCCCGUCGCCAUCCUCUCCGACUUCUUCCUCGGCUGGACCCUCGACUUGGCCAACCAGCUCGGCGUCCCUCGGAUCGCCUUCUUCUCCUCCGGCGCAUUCUUGACGUCGGUCAUCGACUUUUGCUUUCGGAACAUCGAGAGCGUCAGGAGGGCCAGCGCCGACGCCGUGGAGCUCCCCGAUCUGCCCGGAGCGCCGUCGUUCCGGGAGGAGCACCUGCCGUCCUCGUUCCGCCUCUACCGGGAGUCCGACCCGGAUUGGGAGAUUGUUAAGAGCGGCAUGUUGGGGAAUAUGGCAUCUUGGGGUUGCGUUUUCAAUACGUUCGAUCACUUGGAAGGCCAGUAUUUGGAGUACCUGAGGCGGAGAAUUGGCCACCGGCGGGUUGUUGGUGUCGGCCCGCUGAAUCUGAUCGGGCUCGAUGACCUCUCGGGCCGGGGAGACCUGGGCGUGGGCGGUGGAGCGGGCAGCGACGUGCUGGGCUGGCUCGACGGGUGCCCUGACGGGUCGGUCCUCUACGUGUGCUUCGGCAGCCAGAAGCUGAUGACCAAGGAGCAGAUGGAGGCCCUGGCGUCCGGGCUCGAGACGAGCGGGGCCCGGUUCGUGUGGGUCGUCAAGACCCCCACGGCCGAGGAAGGGCACGGGGAGUUGCCAGAUGUCUUCGAGGCCCGCGUGGCCGGCCGGGGGAGGAUCGUGAGGGGGUGGGCCCCGCAGUUGCUGAUACUGGGCCACCGGGCCGUGGGCGGGUUCCUGAGCCACUGCGGGUGGAACUCGGUCCAGGAGACGGUGGUGGCGGGGAAGGUGGUGCUGGCGUGGCCGAUGGAGGCGGACCAGUUCGUGAACGCACGGCUACUGGUGGAGGACGUGGGCGUGGCGGUGAGGGCAUGCGAGGGGGCGGAUAUGGUCCCAGACCCAGACGAGCUGGGCCGGGCGAUCGCGGGGACAAUGAGGGAGGACUUGCCGGAGCGGGCGAGGGUGCAGGAGCUGCGGAGGAAGGCGUUCGAGGCGGUGGAGCCCGGUGGUGGGAGCUCUUGGAGAGGCUUGGACGAACUCGUGAAGGAGCUGGGCCAGUUACAAAAGCCAUCAUUGUGA